AUGAGAUCGGUUUCACCAAAUGCAUAUUAACCAAACAAAAAUUCUUUUUCAUCUGAACCUUAAUAAUAGAAACCAGCAUUGAAUGCAAUUGUGCAUCAAGCAGUUCCUGUUCCUGUAAAUGAAUAGAUCGUUUAUGCUAAUAAAAUCAGAUAAAAUAUGUCCCCAGUUAAUGUUGCGCCAAAAUCCGGCCAAACUGUUUAUAGAACUUAGUAAUCACCAAAUAAUUAUAUACCGCAAUAAACUAUUCAGCAAAUAUAAACUUUCCCAUAACAAAAAGAAUUGAAAUUGCCAACUUCUGCUGUUGAACUUUAACAUCCAUAAUAGUAAUUCUCAGAAAUAUAUUCGGCAAAAAGCGAUGAUCGAUUAUAUAGGGGAAGUUGA